CUGUGAACCGGCGGGGGGGAUGUGGCCCUCUGGAGAGCUAUGGUCCCUGACAGCGUCCUGAUUCCCCAGUUUCCGCUACACACGUGUUCAUCCAUUUGGGUUCCCUCCACACACGUCCCUUAUUUUUUGGUCCCCGCCCCCCUUGUUCCUGUGCCUCGAGUUCCUCCUUCAGUAGUUGUGGUUCCUUUUUGCUAAUCCUUAGCAAACCCUUCCCCUCGCUUCUUAAUUGCCCAUCAAAACACGUUUUAAAAAAUAAUAAGAUGGCCCAGCGACUUCUCCUGAGGAGGUUCCUGACCUCCGUCAUCUCCAGGAAGCUCCCUCAGGGUCGGUGGGCACCCCUCACCUCCAAGGCCCUGCAGACCCCACAGUGCGGUCCUGGUGGCCUGACAGUAACACCCAGCCCAGCCCGGACAGUAGUCACCACUAGAGCCUGCUCAACAACCUUUAACAUCCAGGAUGGACCUGACUUUCAGGACCGAGUCGUCAACAGUCAGACACCAGUUGUUGUGGAUUUCCACGCCCAGUGGUGCGGCCCCUGCAAGAUCCUGGGUCCAAGGUUAGAGAAGAUGGUAGCCAAGCAGCGCGGGAAGGUGGUCAUGGCCAAGGUGGAUAUUGAUGACCACACAGACCUCGCCAUCGAGUAUGAGGUGUCUGCUGUGCCCACGGUGCUGGCCAUCAAGAAUGGAGACGUGGUGGACAAGUUUGUGGGCAUCAAGGACGAGGACCAGCUGGAGGCCUUCCUGAAGAAACUGAUUGGCUGACAAGCAGGGAAGAGUCCUGACUGCCCUUGCCCCCCGGACCCUGGUCCCAGCCAGGGAGCCCAGUAGAACUCAACAGCCCUUCCUGCCGCCCUUGCCUUCUCCCUGAGGACAGUGCUGUAGAGACCACAGAGCCACCAGUGCUUCCAAGUUGGCCAGUGCCAGUGGCCAUCAGAGGAGCGAUGGUGCUACCAGUCCGGGCGUCGCCUUCCCACCCAUCUCCUGUCCCCUCCCUGCAAAGCCCACGACACUUCUCCCAAGAUGCUGGCAAGAGCCUGGGGCCAGCCUGCAGUGUGGUUUUCCCAGCAGCAGCACCUUGGUCCCCUCUGACCUGAACCCCCGGCCUGGCUCAUCGGCCUCCUGCAUUUUUCUUUCCUGCUGCUGUUUUGUAAGAAGAAAAAGGAAACCAGAAACCAAACAAGUGAGAGUAAUAUAUAAUUCUCUCA